AUGUCACUUCUUUACUCUCCCCACAUGUUUCCUGUUCUCAAAGACCACACUAGCAAAUUUUAGACAGGAAAACACGAAAGAAGAGCAAAAAAACACGAUAUCUACCAGUUUUGGGGGUGAUUUAGGUGGCGGAACAGCUGACUCUCAGGACGGAGAGAUGGAUGAACACCUACGGCAGCCAUACGAAGGUCAACUGAUCAAGUUUACAAAUGUGGUGAAGGGUUGGCAGGGUCGCUGGUUCAUCCUCAACCCUGAGAUCGGAACUUUAGAAUAUUACUUGAGUGAGUGUGACAAACAUGAGAGGGCACGUGGCAGUAUCCAGCUGGCUGGUGCCGUUAUCUCCCCAAGUGAUGAGGACCCGUAUACCUUCACUGUGUCGCCAGCAGCAGGGGAGUCAUACAAACUGCGAGCUGUGGACACAAGAGACCGACAGAUGUGGCUCAACAGGCUCAGAGUAGUGGCUGAGAUGCACACCCGAGCAAUUGCUCAUAACCAUCCUCCACUGGCACCUCGAGAGCAUCGAACUAGUGCUGCGGGGGCAGGUGGUAGUGGGCAACAGGCAGCAGCUCCUCCCCCUAUGGGUUUAGCAGUGCUGGAUGCCUUCACUCAGGUGGCCGAGGUGUUGGAGGAGGCACGUAGACAGCACAGUGCACUCGCUACAGCUAUUGAGGAUAUGCCUUCCUUUGGCCCAGGCAUGAAGUGUACAGAACCAAACCUCCUCCUCCUGAAAGCCACAAGUCAAGCUACACUCCUGUGCCUUGACCAAUGUCUUGGAGUGUUGCGGACACAGCACAUGUCCGCUCCCCACCACCAACCCUCUACACCUGUCACCAGUGUAAGGGUGGGGGGCCUGGGAGCACGUUCCUCUCCCCGCUGUUCCCCCCUCCUGGGACGCUCCCCUCGCUUCCACCGCCGCACUGCUUCGGAAGCCUCCUCGGCCUCCAUCCAGCGGCGGCGGUCCUCUCCCACUGCGUACGUACACACAGCAUGGCCCACCUCACCCUCAGCCACCACACUCAAACACCUCAUUGCUCGACUUGGCUCUCCAUCCCUGCGCUCUUCGUCGCCAUCACUGAGGGCAAGGACUGCACCACACUCCCCAACACCUGGCUCCACUCAGAGCUUUGGCAACCACCCUCUCUCUGGAAUCACAGGCCAGUCAGUGGCAUCCUUCACCUCGGGCCCCAGUGUGUGCCAGCCACCAGGCGAGGGUCAAGGCAGCACCAAUUCCUGCUCAUCUUCUCUUGCAUCUGUCACCUCCACACCCACUCCACCUCCAACACUAUUAUCACGAACUGGCACUAGUGAAAAUGAGUCCGAGGUGAGUGAUGAAGAAGGUCCAGAUGGUGAUGGGGACCUGGGGGAAGUUGGGGAUGGGCAGCGGUCUGUCAUCAUGCACAUCAUCUCUCAGCUGCGCCUGGGCAUGGACCUCACCCGAGUCACCUUACCAACAUUCAUCCUUGAGCGCCGAUCCCUCCUUGAAAUGUUUGCUGAUUUCCUCGGACACCCUGACUACUUUAUGAGAAUUGGGGAUGCUAACACGCCUGAAGAACGCAUGCAAGAGGUGGUGAAAUGGUAUCUGACAAGCAUCCAUGUGGGUCGCAAUGGGUCAGUGGCCAAGAAGCCCUACAACCCCAUCAUUGGUGAGGUGUUCCACUGCAGCUGGAAGGUUCCCAGAGACAACUGUCCAUCCUUGGAGGUAGAUGAUGCUCCAGAGGGCAAGUCAGAUUCCAAGAAAUACAUCACAAUCAAAUUCUCUGCUGAACAAGUUUCACACCAUCCACCAGUUUCUGCUUUCUUCUUCGAGUGCCCAGAAAAGCAGCUCAGUAUUAAUGCCCAUAUAUGGACCAAAUCUAAGUUCAUGGGCAUGUCUGUGGGUGUUAACUUGGUUGGAGACAUCACACUAGUACUGGGGAAGAUGAAGGAGAGCUACAGCCUUGCCAUGCCCUCAGCAUAUGCACGCAGCAUCCUCACAGAGCCGUGGGUGGAGCUGGGAGGAAGAGUUAAUAUUUCUUCACCUGAAUCUGGCUGUCAAGCCGUCAUAGUAUUCCAUACAAAGCCAUUCUAUGGAGGAAAGCUGCAUCGUGUGACAGCUGAGGUGAAGAACAGCAGUGGUGCAACACUCACACGGGUGCAAGGAGAAUGGGAUUCUGUCCUCGAAUUUUCAUAUGCCAAUGGAGUGCAAGAGAUUUUAGAUGUCAACAACAUUCCAAUGGUGUGUGCAAAGCGAGUGCGGCCACUAGGUCAGCAGGCGCCCAAUGAGUCAAGGCGACUAUGGUUGGAUGUGAGUGUGGCGUUGGCCCGAGGGGAUGUUGAGACAGCUACUAGCCACAAAAGGGCCCUUGAGGAGCAGCAGCGCAAGGAUGAGCGUGAGCGAGCAGCAUGUAACAUAACCUUUCCUACGCGCCUUUUCAGCUCUCCUGCUCCAGACCACUGGGAGUAUAACCAUCUCCCACCCUAUACAUUUGUUACCUGCCCCAUCCCUUCACAGAGUCAGUAAAAAAUGUUUCACCUUUAUUCAAUGUUCAGUGUAAUACUCAUCCAUGAUCAUGAUGAUCAUCAUCACUGCCACAAUUGUCAUCAUUACAUCAUUUUUCACAUAGACAGGUUGGGGGUAAAAAUAUAUUAUUGAAAUAUACAUAAUCCUUAUA